AUGGCCGCUUUUGAGGUAUCAGCUGCAGGGGUACCCUCCUCCACCCCUGAGACAGCACCCAUCCUACUCCUCCCUCCCGAGAUCAUCGACCACUUCCUCACUCUAGUCCCUCCUUCCGAGCUUCAGCUCACAGCCCUGUCCUUACUCAAAGUCUUUCCGAACCACAACAUCUCAAGGCGGCAUCUAUGGAGGCACCUGAUUGUGUUCAGAGCUGGGCAGCUAUGGCCCCUGUGGCAAGUGUUGAAGCAGGAGGAAAUGAUGAGGCGGGGUGUCAGCACUUUUUGUCUGCAAUCGUGGCAGGGAGAUGCGGACAUCCUAAACAAUGUGAUGCGCCGUCUCACCCACCUCCAUACCCUCAUGCUCAACAUUGGAACCAAUUUUGCGCCGGGGCAUUUGGAAGAGAUGUUUGAAAAUCCGAGGAUGGACUUGGAGAGGAUGGAACUGAGGUUCAGGCCGUAUGUGGAGCAAGCAAGCUAUUAUCAGUUUUUGGCUGGGUCGUACUUCGAUACUGCUAUCGAAACGCUGACGAAGAAAUGGCCCGUUUGUCCAAACUUCACUCAUUUGAGUAUCGUACAGGACCUCCCCCCUCGGUCCACUGUCCCUCCAACGGCUCGAACCACUGCUGCCAACUCUGCGGCCAACUCUGGAGUGAACUCCCUGGCCAAUUCCAUCUCGGACCUCCGCCUCGAAGCUCCUUCAGGCCAAUCCACCGCAUCGCCGUCCGACAGCGAUAACGAAGACUCCACCCCUCCCACGUCCGUCGAUGAUCCGAACCCAUACGACAGAUCCAGGACGAAAGCCUACACUGGCCAUGGUCCGUUUGGUAACCCUUUUCUCAACGAAAAGAUGGGCAUCACCAAACCCAAGACUUUUGCUCAGCCUAUCGUCUUCUUCGAUAUUCGGUGUAUCGCGACAUUUGGCGGCAGCGCUUCGGCUGCCAGCCUCACUCACCUCCGUAUCCGUGUCCCCUCUCGCGACCUGGCGCGGGUGAUGACCUUGCCCCCUCCCCGAGGAUCUCGCUCUCAAACCCUCUUCCCCGAACUCCGCUACCUUGACAUUUCCACCACCAACGUCCGUAUCGACACCACCUUCUCCGCCCUGCUAAAGCAGUAUCACAAACUCGAGCAUCUCGUCCUCGACCGAGUCAACCUGUUUGGGUUUACAGCGCGAGAAAAGGGCUUGGAGUUGUGUAGCGACUUGGGAGCGCUCUUGGUGAAUGCAGGUUUGGCGAGGUCGAAAGAGCGUGAAAAGCAGAUGACGGCUUGGGAAGUGGCAGAAAGGGUGAGGCAAGCGGAGGCGGCUGCUGAAGCUGCUCGUCGAGAGGCGGAGCUACGGGCAGAGGAGGAAGAAGGUGAGGAAGAGCAGGGCGAGACAGAUGAAGACAGGCGAGCGAGGGAGGCCAGGGAGGAGAUUGAGCGGAACCUGGAAGCAAACAGGCGUCGUCGGGGACCUCGGUCCAUGGCCAUGUCGACUUUCUCGCUACGGGAUCGCCCGAGGAGGACUGUAGCGGACUCGUCAGCAUCGUCGAGCACCAACAGUCUUCCUCUUCCCCCGCAAGACAAGCUGUACUUUGUUCUUCCGCCUCUACCGACGCUCAAAUCGUUAUCCAUCGGCGGCGAAGCGCAUACCUUGUCAGCAGACAAGGUGCAGGACUGGGAAGACCAGUUCCACGAAGGAUGGCUGGAAGGGCUGGAGCGUAUCUUGGGCUGGGCGGCGCACUUGGCAGACAAGUACGAGCGAGCGCAGAAGAAGGCUGAGGAAUGGCGUGUUGCCGAGCAGAAACGUCUCGGACAGUCCAGCUCCUCGACACCUGCUGCUCCCACCGGCCCUGGGGCAAAGGGAAGUAAGAGCAAGGGCAAGCUCCCCGCCGCUCCGAAAGUCAACAUCAAGCCACCCACCGACAUCCGUCUUUUCCGUUUCCCGCACCCUUCUGAACCAUACUCCACCGAGGAAGACGUCAACGUCCGACCGGGACCACACAACCUUACUGCGGGUCUUGUUGAGAUUCUGCCCGCUUCUCCCGCCGGUCGAGAGUACCUCGAGCCAUACAAGACGGCCAUGUCGGAUGCCCAGCUUUACUUGGACGGGCAGGCUGGGGAGACGGCGAGGCCGCCGUGUGUGUUCUGUACGGUCCCCGACUGCGAGGGGCCGGCGAGAAAGGGUGCGGAAGGAGAGAAGGUGGACGGGAGAGGCGGGAUGAAUGGGAAGCACAGGGAUGGAUGUGGGCAUAUGCUCGGGAGGGAGACUUGGGGCUGGAAUGGCUUGUGA